CCCGACCGUACGGUUAUACUGGUCGUUACCUUGGCUAACUGUGGAUUAAACACUGUUCAACCGAUUCGACCGGAUUCGACUGAUCGUAUGAAAAUCGCGUGUUGUUGUUGGCAUGGUGGCACAUGUGAGCGUUAAGGAAUCAGACUGAAUGAGAGGAAAGCAAUGGGACGUCAUAUAAGGCAGAAGAGGAAUGAAACGGAAGGUAAAAUCCAUAAAUCACGAAAGGAAUUGAGGAAAGAGCAAAGGAGACUUAAGAAAGCAAAAAGGAACGAAUUCUUUCAAAGAAAGAAAAGUAAAUUAAAGAGAAAUACAAAUGGAAAUACAGACCACGAAGAGCAAAUUUCUAACAAUAUGGAUAUAUUAGUCAGCAAGGAACAGGAGAAGCAGAUUCGUAAAAAAUAUAGUGAAAGAGAAAGAAAUCAGAAAUUGCAGAUGGACAUGAAGAAUCAGCGCAUCAAGCAGCUAAAGAAAGCAAACCAACAGGAAGACAAAGUAAUUAAGAAGCUGGAAAAACAGCUUAAGUUACAUAAAAGGAAGCAGAAAUCAGUUCCAAAAUCCUUCACUACAGAUGGGUUGGACUAUUUGUUGGAAGUAUGUGAACAAAAGAAUAUGGAGCAUGGAACGAUGAUGGACCUAACAUUACAUGAUUCCAGUUCACAAUUUGAGGAAGAUUUAGCUUUGAUCACAGGCAACAGUCAAACAAGCAGUACUGCGAGACAGCAUGACAUCAAUAUAAACAGCAGUGAUGAUGAUGAUGAUGAUACUUUAAGUGAAAUACAUAAGUUUACAUCAAAUAAAGUUACAGGUAGUGAUAAUGAGAUAGUGGCCAGUGUAGAAGAGUUUGGGGAAACAGUCAGUUAUGAUAACAGUGACAGUGUUGGAUCUGAUAUGGAGGUUUAUUCAGAUUCUGAAAGAACAGUCAGCAAACAGAUUCUAAAUGGAAACAAAAAGGAAGUAAAUAAUUAUAAUCAUGUCUUAAACUAUGAUGAAUCUCAUGACAUAAUAGAGAAUGCUGCUUCAAAGAAAAGGGGCCUGAAAAGGAAGAGAAGCAAACCGGAAGAUUGUUCAGUUUCUAACACUGAAGGAAGCACACAGAGUAAAAGAUUACUUGUAUAUGAAAGGGAACAGCAGGAAUGUAAAUUAACUGACCAGAGAAAGUGUGGUAAGCUUGAAGAAAAUUAUGACAGUGACAAUGAAAGUGAAAAUGUUAAUUCAGUGGAAACUCUAAGAAUGAAAACAAAAGAACAAAACCAUGAUGUAGUGAGUAUAACAUCUGAUGAAGCAGUAGCUUGUAAUGUUGUUGGUUCUGUCUGUGAAGAAGAUGCAGGAGAUAUAGUGGGGAAGAAGGAUUGGAAGGAGGUUGAAGAGUACUGGGAAGAUAUCUAUGGCAGAACUCGUGACAAGCAAGGCAGGGUGAUUAAGGCAAAUACUGAGAAGUAUGUUCCACCAUAUGUCAGGGGCAGUACUCUGAGUGAAGAUCCAAAGAAACAGGAACAUAUAAAGCGGCUGCAGAGACAAAUGAAAGGCUUAUUGAAUCGCUUGGCUGAGAACAAUAUGAAUAGCAUUGCCUUGCAGAUAGAAGAGUUGUACAUGUCUCACAGUCGCAACAGUGUGAACGAAUCAUUGACAGACCUGCUGUUUGAGUCACUGGUGGCUGAAGUCAGUACCCCAGAACGUCUCAUCAUGGAGCAUGCCAUGCUAGUAGCCAUACUGCAUGCUAAUGUUGGUACUGAAGUGGGAGCUCACAUACUACAAGUAUUUGUUAAGAAGUUCCAUGAGCAUCAUCAACUGGAACACGAAGUGGAAAACAAACAGCUGGACAACAUACUUUUAAUUUUGUCCCACCUGUACAACUUUAAGAUGUUCACUGCUGAUCUGAUGUAUGGUAUCUUGGAGAAAUUAAGUGAGAAGUUUGGAGAAAAAGAAGUGGAACUGAUCCUGUUAAUACUGAGGAGUGUUGGCUUCAGUCUGCGUAAAGAUGAUCCUUUGGCACUCAAAGAAUUGAUCCUCAAACUCCAACAGAUAGCUGGAGAAGCUACUCAAUUUGAGAACAGUACCCGUGUGAAAUUUAUGCUGGAAGUUCUGCUGGCUAUUAAGAACAACAACAUGAGGAAGAUACCGAAUUAUGAUCCCAGCCACAGUGAACACCUCAAAAAACUAAUGAAGGGAUUUCUGCAUAAAGGAAAUUACAUCACUGAACUCAAAAUCUCAUUGGAUGACUUGCUGAAAGUUGAUGUACAAGGCAGAUGGUGGAUUGUGGGAUCAGCAUGGACAGGCUCUCUUCCAGGCAAGGCAGGGAAACAGGAUCCAGAUAACUGCAUGAAGCUUCAACAAAGCAACGAGUACAGUCAGCAGUUACUGGAUCUUGCACGGAAGCACCGCAUGAACACAGAUGUACGCAGGAAUAUCUUCUGCAUUUUGAUGACUGCUGAGGAUUAUCUUGAUGCAUUUGAGAAGUUACUACACUUGGGACUGAAGCACCAACAAGAGAGAGAAAUUAUUCAUGUUAUUAUAAACUGUUAUCUCCAAGAAAAGCAAUUCAACCCAUAUUACUGCCAUCUCUCACAGAAAUUCUGUGAUUUUGACAGGAAAUAUCAGAUCGCUAUCCAGUGUGCCCUUUGGGACAGGUUCAAGGAACUUCAAAACAUGCCUUCAUUCCAAGUAACAAACCUGGCAAAGUUUCUUGUACAUUUGGUUCUUCAUAAAGGACUCCCACUUUCAGUACUUAAGGUUAUUCAUUUUGCAGAGGUGGAUCAGUUCACUGUACGAUUUCUGCGCCAAGUUCUUCUGGGAGUUUUGCUUGCUGAUUCAGAAGAAUCUUUCCAGCAGGCCUUCCAGCGUGUCACUGUUUCAUCCAAGCUACACCUCUUCCGAGAAGGAAUAAGGAUAUUUAUACACCACUUCAUGUUGCGCAAUAUGAGUGCACUUCCUCAAGAUGAUAUGGAGACUCUAAAACUGCGAGCAAAAAUGGCAGAUAAAAUUUUUAGUGCAGCAGAAUCAAAAGUAAGGUUUUGAAUACCUGUUAUAAAGAGAAAUGUAUCUGGCUAAUGUUACUGAUUGUUAAAUAAAAUACAUUGUAAUUUAUUUGAUGCC